AUGUACUUUACCUCCCUUUUCGUCUCUUGCAUCCUCGCCAGCUUCUUCACAGGCUCAGCCUCUCCGCUCCUGCUACUUCCUCCCCAAAUGAACGAAUUGGCCUUCUUCCACCAAACGCCCCAUCCCAGGAUCUAUGCUCAAUUCCAGCAAUGCACUCCCAACUGGGCGAAUUCCACCAACUUCUCGUUCACAAAGUGGGGUCGGAUUUACAUUCCUCAGUAUAAGCAAUGCCUAGCCGUCACGGAACCAUACGGACCACAGCCUUACGUCGUCAAGCGUGUACCUUGCUUGAACAGCGCUGCUGGCGAAAUGGCCACACCAAAGUCCAUCCCACAAAACUGGGACGUCGAUAGUAGAGGAUUCAUGACUUGGACCGGAAAGACAAAAGAAGAUGGUUCGCUCGUCCAGGGAGAUGGUUCUUGCAAACCAGGUGCCUAUGGUUACCUAUCGGACAAACAUCACGAGCCUAUCACUGGUAAAUCGGGAGAGUACAGAGCUUCGCUCGUUUGUAUUUGGGAUCAGGAUGCCGCUGCUUUCUACAUGACGCAGAACUAA